CGCCGCCCCGCUCGGUGCCGGUGCCGGUGCCGGUGCCGGUGCCCGGGCAGCGCCGCCCCACGCCGAGCCCAUGGCGGGGCCCUGCCGCCGCUGCCCGCUCCUGCCCGCGCCCCUGGGGCUCUGCCUCCCCCUCUGCUGCCUGCUCCUGCCGCCGCCCGCCGCCGCCGCCUGGAGCCCGGCCCUGCUGCAGCCCGCCGCCCGCAGCAACUGGUGCUCCUACACGGUGACGCGGACGGUGUCGUGCCACGUCCAGAAUGGCACCUUCCUCCAGCGGGUCUUCCAGGGCUGCCGCUGGCCCCUGGCCUGCAGCGGGGGCAGCAGCUACCGCACCAUCGUCCGGCCCAUCUACAGGGUGACCUACAAGACGGUCACGGCGCUGGAGUGGAGGUGCUGCCCUGGGCACGCCGGGGCCAACUGCGAGGAAGAGCCUCACACCUUCCUCACCCUGCGGGACACCGGGCGCCCCAGCGCUGCCCCACGCCGGCCCCCCCUGCGCCCCACGGCUUUCUCAGGGUGCCUGAACUGCAGCCACGUCGGGGAGCUGACAGCCCGGCUCGCCACCCUCGAGGCGCAGGUGGCCCGGCUGUCGGUGGCCGAAGCCCCCACCCCCCCAGCACCCAUCUCCCCGGGCAGGGGGCCGGAGACCGGGCAGCUCUGGGGGUCCCCGGCUGCCCGCGGGAGCCCCGGGGAUGACGGGAGACCCGGCGCGCGGGGCCCCCCCGGCCCCAAGGGAGACGCGGGAGGACGGGGACCGUCGGGCAUUCCCGGGGUGAAGGGUCCAAUGGGGCCGCCAGGUCCCCCCGGCCCCCCAGGACCACCCGGCCGGGAUGGAGCCAGGGGGCUUCCGGGAGAGAAGGGGUUACCUGGCCCCCCUGGCCCCCCAGGACCCCCUGCCCCCGUGGGGCCAGCAAUACCCCGCAUAGCCGAGCCCAGGGACCCGCUCCUCUCCAACACCUUUACCGAAGCUGCCGGGGGCAUCGUGGGUCCCGUCGGACCCCCCGGACCUGUGGGGCCGAUGGGCCCCCCCGGCCCCCCAGGACCCGUCGGGCCACCCGGCCCCCCAGGACCUGACGGUAGAGCCGGGGCACCCGGAGCUGCCGGCCCCCCCGGGGAGAAGGGAGACAGGGGUCCCCAGGGCCACCCGGGCAGCCGCGGCCAGGACGGGGCACAGGGCGAGCCGGGCCCCAGGGGCGAGCCGGGCGAGAAGGGCACUUGGGCCAGUAGCUUCCAAACCCUCCUGCGGCAGCAGGCCCGGCUGGAGGUCCUGGCUAGAAGGGUCACCUUGCUGGAAGCCAUCAUCUGGCCAGAACCGGAGCCCGGCUCGGGCAGCGGCCCCCCCGGCACCGCAGCACCCGGCCCCCCCCGCGGCAAGCGCGGCAGCGGCCAGCCCCCCUACCGCAUCGUGGCCCCCCGCCAGCGGCCCCCCGGCAAGCAGUGAGGGGUGUCACCCACUGUCACCCCCCCCCCCCACCCUACGCCCACCGCCGUGCCGGUACGGGCAGCAGCAUGGCCCUGGGGGGGCGGGGGCAGGAUGGGGGUCACAAACACACACCCCCCCCCCAGCCUUGUCCCCCCAGCCCCACAGGGCACUUGGUGCUAGCCGGUGGCACGGCACCGGCCCCCCCCCUCCUCCACCCCCCGCUUUGCCCCCCAUCGCUGCUGCUUAAACCCCCCCACCCCGGGGAGGGGGGGGCAAAGGGGAGCCAGGGCCCCCCCUGCUCCAUUUCUGCCCCCGCCCCAAUGUGCAGCUCUGGGGGGGUUUCCUUUGCCCCCACCCCGAGCCCCCCUGGCCACCCCCGUGCCAGGGAAGGGGCUCCGGCGGCGGGGGGUGGGGAUGGUGGUGGGGACCCCCCCCCGGGGAAGGGGACCCUGCUGCACCGCGCGCUUCGUCCCGCUGCUUUGGGACCCUUGAGGUCAUUAAACGCCUC